AUGGCUCAGUGGUUUCAAAGACACACUUCCACGACCGUCCAGCUCGGAAUCGCAGCGACCUGCGGUGCUAUCGCUGCAUCCACCAUCCUCCUCACAGCCCAUGCGAUCCACCGACGGCAAGCGACCGAAGAACUCAAAGCCUCGAUCCCCGAGCUCUCCCUGAAACACCGCGCGACAGAAUUGACCGAAUACGGCGGCGCGAGUCGGCCAAGUAUAUCGAAUAAACAAGAUGAACGGUCAGCGAAGAUUGCCGCUCGGGCGAGGAAGGGAGACUACGACGAGGAGCUGAUCCUUGAACAAUUGGCGCGGAAUCGAGUUUUUCUGAAAGACGAGGGAUUGACCAAGCUGCGGAAUUCCUUUGUCGUGGUGGUCGGUCUAGGAGGCGUGGGGAGCCACUGCGUCGCAGCGCUGGCCAGGAGCGGUGUGUCCAGAAUACGGAUCAUCGAUUUCGACCAGGUCACGCUGAGCAGUCUGAACCGACAUGCGCUGGCCACGCUGGCGGAUGUAGGCACACCAAAGGUACACUGCGUGAGAAAGCGACUGGAGCAAAUCACGCCCUGGAUAAGAAUCGAUACCCGGAACGAAUUGCUGAGUUCUCAGUCCAUGGAGACGCUCUUGGGAGAGUGGGACUACGAGCUGCGCGAUGACGAUGACGAGCAUAACCGAGACCCAGACUGGGUCGUGGACGCCAUCGAUAAUAUAGACUCGAAAGUCGCGUUGCUGCAGUAUUGCGCGAUCAAAGGGAUCAAAGUCAUCAGCGCCAUGGGUGCGGGCUGCAAAAGUGAUCCGACACGGAUUCAGGUUGGGGAUAUAUCCACCAGCACGGACGAUCCGCUGUCGAAGUCCACGAGACGCCGGUUGAGAUUAUUAGGUGUCAAGGACGGCAUUCCAGCUGUCUUCUCGUCCGAAAAGCCGGGAGAAGGCAAAGCUGAGCUCCUACCGAUCACAGACGCAGAGUUCGAGAAGGGCAAUGUGGACAAACUUGGCGUGCUGCCGGAGUUUCGAGUCCGGAUCCUUCCCGUGCUGGGUACGAUGCCCGCUGUUUUUGGAUACACAGUCGCAAAUCAUGUCAUUUGCAGUAUUGCAGGUUAUCCCAUGGACUACCGGAUAGGGGACAAAGGUCGAGAUAAGAUGUAUGAUGGGAUACUAUCAGGCCUACAGGGCCUAGAAGGACGACUGGUCCGAGCGACCGACGGGCAAGAUGCCGUGGGUCUUCGUCUUCCCAUUGGUCGCGACGAUGUAUCGUACCUAGUCGAAGAGGUCUUUAGAGCCAAAAGCGUCGUUAGUGGACUUUCGACCCGUCUGGCACUGAUACGGUGGCGCAAACCUGCGGGUGGAUUCAAGAUCGACGAGGCAUAUCACAAGGAGGGCCAAAAGAUCAUUAAACUACCUCUGGUGGAGCUGGUUGUGAUGACCAAGGAGGAAGCUCAGAAACAUGAGAACCUGAUCUUGAGGGGUGAUUCCACACCCGAGCAGAUCUACGAACCUGAUGUGUUGGCCAUGGUCAAGAAGCGGCAUGAGGAGGAACGUGCAUAUGAAAAGUACAGAUGA